UUAAAAAAAAUAAAAAAAAUGCAAGGCUAUGGCGAAUCAGAAGGGACUGAAGCAGUGUCCAAAUUAGCGACUAUCUGUUUGCUGGGUCUCCCCCAGUUCAUGGUUGUUCUCAUAAUCAUGGCUUCCAAAUUUUCAGUUUCCACAUUCCCAUUUUCCCCAUCUUCCUCUUCUGCUUGCUCAAGACCUGCACCUUCCACUUCACCUUCCUCUUCCAUCUUAUACCCCAGAACCCCCAAAUUUCGUCUCUCCUUGUGUAAUUUCCCACUGGGUCUCGGCCUUUUCUCUCCAUGGAAUGGUUUAAAGCAUUUGGGUAUCUCUAACGGAGGAAAGUUUCCCGAGAGAAGGAAAAGAAUUCCUAAGGGGAAAGCAGUUUUUGCAUCUUUGUUUGGGGUUGGAGCUCCCGAGGCACUGGUUAUUGGGGUAGUGGCUCUGUUAGUCUUUGGUCCCAAGGGUCUUGCUGAGGUUGCUCGAAAUUUGGGGAAGACCUUACGUGCAUUUCAACCCACUAUAAGAGAACUUCAGGACGUUUCUAGAGAAUUCAAGACCUCGCUUGAGCGAGAAAUUGGUCUCGAUGAAAUCUCGAGUUCAGUCAACAGCUCAUACAACUCAAGCAAAUUGAAUACCUACUCAGACCCACCACCUGUUCCUAAAGCCGAAGAGUCUGUUGCAGUAGCUGAACCAACAGAUGAUUCUUCAUCGGCAAGCAAAGCUUAUACCUCUGAAGAGUACCUAAAGGUUACAGAAGAGCAGCUGAACGCUCAAGAUCAGCUCCAAACCAAUUUUGCAGCAGAAAGCCAGAGUGGAUCCCAAGUACAGCCUGAAGGUUGCUAAAAUCAAAUCUCUAAGGAACCAUCGAAGAACCUACCACGGCAGCUCCUGAACUCCAAAAUCUUGGAACUGGUAAGGCUGAGGAAUCACCUGCCUCAGUUCCCCGACCCCCUGGUACUGAGUCAUAAAGUUAUUAGAGAUUUUGGAUGAAGGGGCAUUUGUUGUUUCAUCAAUUGAUUGGAUGGUGAUACAACAUGUUCUUUAGGUGGCCAAUUUAGAAAAUAUGUGUUUAGUGUUUGAACCUCAUGUGAGAGAAGUGAUUUUAUUGGAACUUAACUAGUUUCUAGGCAUUGGGUAAGAUGAUUUUUGUUGGAUUACUAAUUAGAAUUCCUUCCUCUUUUCAUAUAGUUUCUUCCAUGGAUUUUAAUUCCUUUAUAUCCAAGGUGGUUAUCAAUCUAAACAUAAUUCGAUGAUUGAAACAUUUUACCUUGUCUAAUAGAUCAUGAGUUGGACUUCUACUUGUAUUCGCCCUCUUCAAAAGGAGGGGGGAAUUUUUUAUUAGAAUUAUAAUACAAUUUCUUUA